AGAAUAUUCUUCUUUCUCCUCUUGCGCUCCUUAUUACUCACAGUGUUCUUCACGUCUUCGUGGUGGCACAGAAGGAUUUUCGUUUGGUAAUUUUCCUCUACGCGCGUCGGUUUUUCCAAUUGGCGGCCGUACGGACGGCCCUAUUGCGGUGGAAAAUCAGGCACAGCGCAUCGUUCGACCGUCGUGCGCUGUCGCCCAGCCGUCGGUAAUAAUUCGCGCGUUUCAGGUGGCGCGCACGGUUUGUACGGUGGGUGGUGGGAUACAACGCGUGUGUGUAUGCCCUAGAAGUUCCACAUCAACCAUCGCCGUACCCCAUCCAUCGCCACCCCCCAGUAGCGGUCGUCGAUGGCAUUGCAUUCGAACGGCGCACGGCAUACAGCUGCAGUUUCCGGCGGAGGGCACGCAUCAGCUCCUUUUCCAGCGCGCAUCUAGGCAGGGAAUAAGGGCACUCCGAAAAUGUCUAAUAAUACGCGCGAUGGGAAUGAAAAUUUCUGGCCCCCGAACCAGCAGGUGCAGCCGCCACUGCCGCCGCCGCAUCACUACGCCGCGCACGCACAGCACCAGUUCCACCAGCAGCUGCAUCAGACGCUGCUGCAGCAGCCAGUAGUGCCGCCGCAGCUGCUGCCCCAUCCGCAGCAUCUGUCGUACGCGGUUCCGACCGUGCCGGUGGUAGCACCGUCAGGGGCACCAUACUACCACGGUGCAGCUGGCAUGGUGGACGGCUAUGGUGCGAGCGGGACGGGCUUUUCCAUGCACCAUGGAGCGCACCAACCGCUGGAGGAUGAGUACUCGGAUGCAUACGGGCAAGCGAUCAAGGUGGUGUAUCAACCGCAGCAACAUCAGGCCAGUGCUGUCACUGCUGCUGCUGCUGCUCCCGGUAUGAUGCCCUGUACGCAGGAAGAUCCAAACCAGAACCAUGUCGUGCAGGACAAGCAAGGCUACGAGCUAUUUUCCAACAACAGCAGCUUUAUGCUGGCUGCUCCAGGGUUUGGAUUUACCCUACAUAACCCACAGCAGCAACAACAGCAACAACAACAACAGCAGGAACAGCCACAACAACAGCAACAGCCGAUGUCCCAGUUCUCUUCAAUGUCUACUCCCCCUGCACAAGUUACCCAUCCUACCCAGCAAGCAUCAGCGCCAGUACCACAGGCCAACACGAGCCAAACGCUGGAGAAUGGCAACAACAGCACCAGCUCGUUGAUUAGCCAGCUCGUCGGCAACUGGGCACCGACCAUUUCCGGCACGUAUGGCAACGGGCCCUCGUCUUUGGCAAAUGAUGCACCCUCGCAGUCCGCAGGUAACCCUCCCGUGCAGGAAGAUAACAGCAAGGCUACCGUGUCCCCCACCAAGGUGGCAUUUUCGAAACCCGUCAUCAAUCCCGUCACACCGAACGUGAUCGGUACGGCAUCGCAAGCGCACGGAUCGCCCUCCGGCUCGCCGAGUGUAGUGACGGCGGUGUCGUCGAAUCGCAACAAUACGAACGCUGCGGCCGUAUACAACCAGCAGAACGACGACAACUCGGCCAAGCUGGACCAGAACGUGAACAAGAAGCAGCGCAUAGUGGCGGAGGUAAAGCCGAUGCGCAUGUCGUACUCCGAUGUGCUGAGCAAAAACGUGCCGUCCGGAGGUAAUCCGUUCGCUUCAAACGCGUCCACUAACGGGGAAAUGGUAAGCGCCCUUCCGGCAACGUUCGGCAACGGCACAAAGGUGUCCGGUAGCGGUGGACCGAAUGGUGGUUCCGGUGGAAAAUCGAAACGCGAAUCGAAACGUUCCAAUGCCAACGGAGAACGUAAAUCGAUGGGAAACGCUGGGAAUGUUACGCACGCCAAGGAUAGGGCCAAUGAUGGAAGCACGCGCAAGGCUGACCGUACGAAUGGUGCUGGAACUGGGACGAACUCUCCCACGAUGACGGAUGGAGGCAGCAGCAAGCCGAUGGAAGGAAGCGCUGACGCUACGCAAAGAUCGGGCCAGGAAAAGGGACGCAAUAAGAGCGACAAGACGAGCGGCGUUAAGCGCGACAAGGGUGGUUUGCGUUCCGGUGCGGAAGGGCUCGAGACAGGCGGGAAGAAGGGGCGCUCGGGCACGCAUUCGAACGAGGAUGAAGCUGGUGGGCUGCAGAACUGUCGAAGCGAUGCGUCCUCCGCGCCGUUGGCAAACGACGAAACGGAGGAAGAGCGUGGCGAGGAUUACGAGGAGUACGAUUCGGACGAGUACGAUCAGGUAAGUAUCGGCUCGUCGGAAACGUCCGGCCGGCAGGACAAGCAGCAGCAGCAGCAGCAGCAUCAGGCCGGCCAUGAGGAGCUCCCCUUCCUGUACAACGUGAAAAAGAACACAAACGGAGCGAAUGAUACACAUAUCGAAAAGAUUAACCCACCGCGAACGGCUACUUCUUCGACACAUCGGAAGGGAGGUGGUGGCCGCAGUGCACGCGCACCCGGCAAGCAACCGGACAAGUCGGUCGGUAACCACCAGGCCAGCGGAAAGCGUUCGGUGCGGUCGCGCAAAAAUCAAAAGUACGCCUUUCUGGAGAAGCUGCUGCUGAAGUGGCUCGAGUACACGAUGCUGGCACUGCACUGGCUGUGGUCGCUCGUCAGCGACGUGGUGUAUCUGAGCGCCCGUCUUGCGUGGGACUAUGUGCUGUCCGCGUAUCAGUACUGCCGGCAGCACGUGCAUACGAUUCGGCAAGAUUUUGGCAAAAAUUCCGGCCGACCGGGCGCUUGGUUCCGGCGCGCCUGGCAAUCGUUCGACGGGCACUUUGCCAAGGAGUCGCGGUGGGCGUUCUGGCGGCGCUGUCGUAAGCAGAAACCGGCCGAACCGCCCGGUGGCAAGUCGACCCCGUACCGGGACGGUCGGCUACCGUCGACGGCGGACGAAGCGAUGUCCUCGCUGCUGAACUGCAAGGGAAAGGACGCGUACAGUAUUCUGGGCGUGAGUCCGGACUGCUCGCAAGAGCAGAUACGGAAGCACUACAAGAAGAUUGCCGUACUGGUGCACCCGGACAAGAACAAGCAGCCGGGCGCGGAGGAAGCGUUCAAGGUGCUGCAGCGCUCGUUCGAGCUGAUCGGCGAACCGGAAAGCCGCAAAGAGUACGACCAGAGCCUGGCCGAGGCACUGAACGCGGAGAAAGCGUGGUCGGAGAUUAACGAUUUGUUGACGCAGCUGCACACGAAAAUAUCGGAAGCCGCCAACACUAUCAGAUGUAGCAGCUGCUGUCUGCGCCACCCGCGGAAACCGACCGGACGGGCACACUACGCGGCUAGGGAGUGUAGUUCAUGCAAGAUCCGUCAUCCGGCACGGGAGGGCGACAUUUGGGCUGAGACGAGCUUCCUCGGUUUGCGCUGGAAGUAUCUCGCGAUGAUGGAGGGCAACGUGUACGACAUUACGGAGUGGGCCAACUGUCAGAAGGGGGCCCUGUCCCACCUGCAGCCCAAUUCGCACAUCGUACAGUAUCGCAUUGUGCUUGGCAGCAGCUCCCAGCAGCAGCAGCAGCAGCAACAGCAACAGCAGCAACAUCAACCACAGCAUCAGGCUGGCCAACCACUGGACAAGGAUCAGAUUGGACGCUCCCGCAAAGAACCGACUGCAAAUGAACCGAAUUUGGAUGAUUUUCUGAACAACAUCUACGCCGGACAGAACCAGCAAGCUUCAUCGCAGAAUGCUUCGUCUAGGCGACGCUAUCGUAGAAACUAAAAUCCCAACCGCCACACGCCAUUUGCGAAGAACGAGGGGAUUGUUUUUCGCAUCUCACUCAACUCAACUCCACUUAAAUGUGAAUCCAUGUUUUCUCCCCCGCCUUCUAUAGACCCAUUAACUCAACCCGAUAAAUUCGAACCACCAGUUUUGAUGGCAUGACCCCAGGCAGGAGCCAAGGAGUCGCCGGUGUGUUUACGCGCGUUUGAAAUAGUACCACGAAUCCUUCAUCAAUCUCUACCCCUUACUUACUCUCUGGAAACCGUUUUGUCGAGCGAGAUACAGAUUCGGUGUCGCGUUCGUUCGUUCGUUCAACAACCGUUAGGUCCCCUGUUUUCCGUUAGCAAACGCAGUGGCAAAGGUUUUGGAAUUUAAAAUUUACGAUGCAAAAGUUAAGCGUCGACACGUUCUUCGUUCACCGUUUCAGUACAAAACCCUCCUUUCUCGAUCGAUGUUUAGCGUCCGUGUGUGAUUGUGUGUAGUGCGGAGUGAAGCAGUAACCCGCAUUGGAUGAGGAACAAUCGGAGUGAAUUUGGUUUGGUCGUGAGGAACAGAUUGAGGCCUCUUCAAAAUUCAAAUAAUGUCUGUGUGUGUGCGUGUGUGUGUGUAUUCUAUUAGUAAAUUCAAUGAAUGUCUAUUGAGCCCCCUUUACACUACUCGCUAACGGAAUGAACGAAAUCAACUUAAUAAUUAAUCACGCAUAAAGCGGAAUACGUACGGAAAUUAGACGCUUCAUAUGCCACAUGCAGUGGGCAUCCGGAGCAUAACAAUAUGUAACCACUUGAGAAUAAAUUUACCAACCGAAACCACAAAAUAGCGGUAUGUACCAGUACCAGUAGCGGCAAUCGCAAAUUGAAUGAGUAAAAUAAAUGUGUUCCUGAACGCAAA